AUGCAAUUCGAGAAGCACUGCGCCCCCCGAUCGGCCAAUCAAAUAUCCAGCCAAAUUGACUGCUCCCAGCUGAAAGGGACGGCCGUACAGUGGAAGGGCAGCGUACAGUCAAUCCGUAUAACUGGGAUCGAGAACGCGUUUGAGUCGUUGCUCGGCUACGUGCCAGAAUCAUUGGGACAGACGAUACGAUGCUUCUACGACAACAAUUCGACUUUGAUCUCACAUCCUAGUGGAAUGAGACCGAACCAAUGCUCCCUCACCGCCCACAACGUCUACAGUUUCGAGGUGGAAUUAUCGGGACCGUAUGGCGAGAGAGUGGUGAGCUCCUCGAAGGGUCUGCUCCACGUCUCGGCCACCCACGCAUUCACCGAGAUGUUGAAAUUGCUGGAUGAGGGAGAUAUCGUUCAAUUCGUUGCCCUAUUCGACAACUACCCGAUAUUCCGCUAUCCACCCCGGCUGAAGCUCGUCCAGCUCGAAUGUAUACACUGUAAUAAGUUCCAAAAGAAUCGCCAUUCCCACCUCCGCGUGACGUCUUCCAAGAUGGACCGUACGGGCGUAUGGAGCCGUAUCUUCAACGCAUUCAAAUUUUUCUUCCAUUUCGUGUUUGCGCCGUUUAUUAGGAUUCGA